CAAGUGUGGGUGAAGGUACCGCUCUGUCUGUUUCGGUCCGGGGGAUAACUACUGCUGUUACGAAUAUGUCUACAAUGUUCUCAUUUGAGCCGUUUGAUCCAACAAACUGCAAACUCCAGAGAUGGUUGGAAAGGUUGCAAAUUGCCUUCAAAAUCCAUCGAGUUUCCGAAGAAGACAAACGUGAUUACCUUCUCCAUUAUAUGGGUGGUGCUACUUAUGACGUGUUGUGCAACAAGUUAAAGAAUGCAGAACCGCAAACUAAAACGUUCCAGGAAAUUGUUUCCAUUCUUCAAGAGCAUUUCAACCCAAAUCCUUUAGAAAUUUUGGAAAAUUUCAAGUUUGCAAAUCGGAAGCAAGCUGAAAACGAAACACUGUCUACGUAUCUAAUGGAAUUGGAGAAGCUAGCACAAACAUGCAAUUUUGGGGAUUACCUCGACAAAGCCUUGAGAAACCAAUUUGUAUUCGGACUCCAAAACCGUGCGAUCCAAUCGCGGUUGCUCGAGGUGCGCGACUUAACAUUGGCUAAAGCGAAGGACAUAGCUUUUAGUAUGGAAAUGUCAAAUCGAGGCGCAGACGAAAUACACGGCGCCGGUGCAGCGUAUCCAGUUCAGCACAUCAGCACCACGAGCAAGAAGAAGAGCAAGCCAACAACGGUUCAAAGGAAAACAGCUUGCUAUCGGUGUGGAAACGAAGAGCAUUUUGCGGAUAAGUGUCGACACCGGAAUGCAAUUUGCAACUACUGCAAGAAAAUGGGACACUUGGAUAAAGUGUGUCGUACAAAACUACAACGAGCAGGAGUACACACACUGGAGUACGAGCCUGAUCUUCCUGCCUGUGACGAUGACGUUGUGGAUGUGCUCAACCUGAGAGCAGUGCAAAAUCUGGCGGGUCAAUAGUACAAGCGCAACCAUCCAACCCUCCACCAAUGAGUUUUCCAUCAGAGGCUCCAUGUUCAGCGGAAAUACCACCGGAAGCAAAACUGCGGCGAUCAGCAAGGAGUAUCAAAACACCACAAAGGCUACUACUGUAAAUAACUAUUUCGGAGGGAAGAGCUGUCAUAACCAUCGAAAUGUCAACAUCACCAAAUGGACCAACCUGGUAGCGGUUGGCUGACAGCGGCUGUCAACAGGGGGAACGGGAAAAAAGUGCGCCACUGGAGCAGCGUCGGGAGAAGCGUACAAACGGAAAAGAUACAGAAGUACAAAUAUACGAGUGAAUUACAACAGUUUGUAAAAAAAGGGUUGCUGUUCCGAAGGGGACUGUUCGCCCUUGUUAAUAGUUUCGUCAAAAGUUAGAUAUGGAAUUCCAAUUAAUUUCGCGUUAGAGUAAGAAUCAUGAUAUGACAAAAUUGUUCUG